UAAAUAAUAAAUAAAAAUCAUGGGAGAAUCCCUUUAAUGAUGACAACAAACAUCCCUGGCAGCCUUUGUUUAGUCACAUGGAUACCAUUAGUUCUCCUCCAUUACACAACUACUGAAUGUGGAUACAAGUAAGUGUAGGGACCCUCAGUAAUGCUCCUGCCUGGUGUGUGGGAGGGACCCCAUGUCUCAGUUCUGCAGGACCCCACAAGUACAGAGGUCAGAGUGGCCCUGUAAUGAUAAUAAAAUAUAACUACUGGGGGGCAAACAGGACAAAAUGACUGGUAAUCAUGAUUUCUUGUAAUGGACUGUCUCUACUAUAUAAGUGUCUGCAAAGCUGGGUGUGUAGGAGAUGUUGUUGCUCAGUGGCCCCUGGAGAUGAACAGUUCACUAAGGGCCCCUGGGGAAGUGCAAUAGAGAAGCUAAAAUGGAGGAUGCUAUUUGCCAGAUCCGUUGCCGUGGCAACCCGAGGGCGUUUGGGAGCAGACCAUGUGACAGCAGAUGGGUGCGUCUCCAUGGCGUCGCCGUGGCAACGGCGGAUGAGAGAAGAGGAUGUUAUCAGACAAUCCAGAGCGCUGAUUGAAGGAAGCCGGUUCUUAGGAAUCUGGUAGGCGGGGCUAGCGGAUAGGCUUCCGGUUCCGCGUAUGAGGUCAAAGAUAGGCCGGUGAGAGGGAUGAAAUGAAAGCGGCCGAGUCGCUGUGAGCCGGCGGAGGAGGAAGGCGAUUUGGAGCCUGGAAAGGCGGGAGAUACCGGGAGUCGGUGCUGGACUCGUGAGGUUGUCCCUAGGCAGCGAGAAUUAUGGGCCAUUGGAAAUUACGCCUCUUCUGCUGCUUUCUGCUUUUCCUUGUCCUGGCUCUGAAGAUCCUGUCAGCUGCAGAUUUUGAUCCCUAUAGGAUCCUCGGAAUCAGCAAGUCCGCUAGCCAAGCAGACAUUAAGAAAGCCUACAAGAAACUGGCCCGAGAAUGGCACCCGGACAAGAACAAAAAUCCAGGAGCUGAAGAUAAAUUCAUCCAAGUCAGCAAAGCUUAUGAGAUACUUUCCAAUGAAGAGAAGAGAAGUAAUUUUGAUCGCUAUGGAGACGUGGGGGAGAACCAGGGCUACACGCAGCAACAGCAGCAGCACCAUCACUUCCACCAUUUCCACGACAGCUUCUACUUUGACGAGUCCUUCUUUCACUUCCCCUUUAACUCUGAGCGACGAGACUCUGCUGAUGAGAAAUACUUGCUGCAGUUCUCUCAUUACAUCAAUGAAGUGGUGCCGGACAGUUUCCGCAAGCCCUACCUCAUCAAGAUCACAUCCGACUGGUGCUUCAGCUGCAUCCACAUAGAGCCAGUGUGGAAGGAGGUGGUGCAGGAACUGGAGGGGCUUGGGGUUGGAAUCGGAGUCGUCCAUGCUGGUUACGAGAGAAGACUUGCUCAUCACUUGGGCGCACACAGCACCCCUUCCAUUUUAGGAGUAAUCAACGGCAAGAUUUCGUUUUUUCACAAUGCUGUUCUCCGGGAAAACCUCCGACACUUUGUAGAAAGUCUUCUUCCUGGGAACCUAGUGGACAAGAUCAACGAUAAAAACUACAUCCGGUUCUUAUCCAAUUGGCAACAAGAGAAUAAACCUCACGUGUUACUGUUUGAUCAAAUGCCUCCUGUACCACUGAUUUAUAAGCUUACUGCUUUUGCAUAUAAGGAUUAUUUAUCGUUUGGUUACGUGGACUUGGGCAAGAGGGAGACGGAGCAAAUAAGCACUCAGUACAAUAUUAAUAUGUACGCCCCGACCAUACUCAUAUUCAAGGAGCACAUCAACAAACCCGCUGACAUGGUCCAGGCCAGAGGAAUGAAGAAACAGGUCAUUGACGACUUCAUAUCAACUAAUAAGUUCCUUCUAGCUGCCAGGCUGUCCAAUCAGAAGCUUUUUCAAGAGCUCUGUCCUGUGCGAAAGUCUCACCGUCAGCGCAAGUACUGCGUUGUUUUGCUGACUGGAGAGGGAGAGAAUUUCCAUCAAACCUAUGAAGCCUUUCUGUCUUUCGCUUCGGCAAAUACAAAGGAUACUGUGAGGUUCGUCCAUGCUUUCAAGGAACGCCAGACAGAACUGACUAGUGCAUUACUGGGAGGAGAGGAUAAAUACCCAGACAAGCCUUCUUUGGUUGUACUUGAAAGGAGGAAUUCCGCUGGACGAAUAGUGUACAAAACUGUAGCCGAACUCUGGGUCGGCAGUGAGGAGAAUAAGUUUGCGCUGCUUGACUUCCUGGACAGAUUAAGAAAAGAUCCCAGCCUGCUCUCUUCUGAAACGGUUCUUGGUGACCUGAAUGAUGAGCUGGCUCCUGUAUUCUUCCUGCGCUGGUUCUACACAGCAAUGCAUUAUUGGUCGGAGGCGUGGGAGAGUCUGCUCCACAACAACUGGAGGGAGAUGAUGCCGCUUUUGUCGCUCAUCUUUUCUGCUCUGUUUAUCCUGUUCGGGACUGUGAUAGUUCAGGCUUUCAGUGACUCGAGUGAUGAGAGAGAUUCUGUUCCUUCUGAUAAGCAAGAGCCCAGCGAUAAGGAAACGAGCACAGAGACAAACUACUCGAAGGAAAGCACAAGGGUCCCUAAGAAAGGCUUUGUGGAGGUGACGGAAUUAACUGACGUGAAUUACGUGAGUAACCUGGUCCGACUUCGCCCUGGUCACAUAAAUGUGGUGCUAAUAGUCUCCAGUUCCACAAAGGCCAGUCUGCUGCAGAGAUUUGCCCAGGAAGUGUAUACCUUCAUUGGAAGCAGCACCCUGCACUUCUCCUUCCUUAACUUGGAAAAGCAUCGGGAAUGGCUGGAAUACCUACUGGAGUUUGCUCAGGAUGCCGCACCCAUCGCCUACCAGUACGACGUACACUUCUUCGAAAGGGAUUACACGGGUUAUGUGCUGGCCUUGAACGGCCACAAAAAGUACUUCUGCCUUUUCAGAGCCCAGAACACCAUCGAGGAAGAGAAAGUCUCCGAAGAGAUGGAACUUUCCUCCUUGUCGGGGGACAGUCUGAGAAAGAUGGCGCUGGGCUCGGGAGCCGGUCACAUUAAAAAGAAAUUAAACAAGUUAUCGUUAUGGAUGGAGCGCCUUUUGGAAGGGUCUUUGCAGAGGUUCUAUAUUCCUUCCUGGCCUUCACUUGACUGAGACUUUUACAGGAAAAAAAAGGGACUUUUAAUCCUUUGAAACUGUGAAUUUAGGGGUCCGUCUGACUGGAGAGAUUUGAACAUUUUUGCCAGGGUUAGUCAGGAGCCAAUUGUGAUCUCACUCAUGCUCCUCAAUGACUUCAUCAAAGAUGCCACCAUGCUGCCUGUCCUCGUUCAGCUUCAUUAGAGACCUCUCUGUUGCCUUGUCCCUCGUUUUGGCCUACACUCCUGCCUCUCACGGUUGCUUGUGGGUCACAGAUAGAGGCCUAGGCUGUAUCUUAGUGUCCAGGUCCAGUGCAUAGCAACAGAUUGCAGGUAGCAUUUCAUUUCCUUAUUAUGGGAUAUUUAUGGCUUUACAGGAACAGGGCUGCUUGGGAUUAAUGCAGUGCCCUUACACCUUUCUCUAGGGAUCCCAUGAACACCCACCAAUAAAUUGAUUGCAUAAACUA